AUGUCGGCCGCUGACUUCGAGGCCGCCGUGGCGUACGUGCGCUCCCUCCCCAAGGACGGUCCGGUGCAGCUGGACCACACCGCUAAGCUUCAGUUUUACUCCCUGUACAAGCAGGCGACGGAGGGUGACGUGACGGGCAGCCAGCCGUGGGCCGUCCAGGUCGAGGCGCGCGCCAAGUGGGAUGCGUGGAACUCUCGCAAGGGCAUGAAGUCGGAGGACGCCAAGGCCGCGUACGUGCGGCGUCUCGUGACGGUGCUCAGGUCGCAGGGAAUCCAGUGGAAGGCUGGCACGAAGGUGCAGAGCAAGCUCUGA